CCAUGGAGAGCAUACACGCUAUACGCCGGGUUGACAGACUUGCGCCUGACGCGCGGAAUUUGGUUGCUCACCAUCCCGUCAUAAUAUCGCUGCUCAGGUUUAACGGCCUCCGACCUCAGGAACCCUCAGCUCCCGACUUUCAGUCCGCUACUGCCCACUUCUCCUCCCCGUUCAGUCCCGCCCAAACUUAGACUGUACUCAGUUUGAAAAGGGCACUUCACACUUUUAGGCUGUUGAUGCGCAGGAAAUCCCUCGAGGACUUGUUAAUUUGUGGAGGUUUUGUUUUUUUUUUGUUUUUUGUUUCUCUGAGGAUCUUUUGAAGAUUAAGCGUGAAAAGUCCGCGCACUGAGACUGAGUGAAGCUUCCAGAUCAGUUUCACAAUAACGGCGUUCGGGAUGAGGCAACAUUUCAUUUUUACAGCAGUGUCAGUUUUUGUGCCGCUGGCCUGUGUGUUGUCCUUCAACGUGGAUCAGAAGAAUGGCUUGUCCUUUAGCGGUCCGCUAGAGGACCUGUUUGGCUACACUGUCCAGCAGUUUGAGAACAGCGAGGGAAAAUGGGUUCUGAUUGGAUCGCCGCUGUCAGGACAGCCAGCUAAAAGAACCGGAGAUGUCUAUAAAUGUCCUGUGGGGAACAGGGACAACACAUGCAUCAAACUGGAGCUGCCCAAAAACACAACCAUUCCCAACUUGCGUGAAGUCAAGGAAAACAUGACCAUGGGAAGCACACUGGUGACGAAUCCCAAAGGAGGAUUUCUGGCGUGUGGUCCUCAGUAUGGCUACAUGUGCGGCGAGCAGCAGUUCAUCUCAGGAGUUUGUGCCAAUGUCAGCUCUUCCUUCCAGGUCCUCAACUCUUUUUCAAGAUAUCAAGAGUGCGGGAAGGAGAUGGACGUUGUGAUUGUUCUGGAUGGAUCUAACAGUAUCUACCCCUGGUCGGGUAUCCAGGAGUUUCUGCAUAACUUCACUGGGAGACUUGAAAUUGGACCUAAACUCACACAAGUGGGCAUUGUGUCUUAUGGCCAGAAUGUGACUCACAACGUCAACCUGAGUCAGUUUGACAACACGCCUGCUUUGCAGAAAUUUGUCAAAGUCCUUCCUCAGCACACUGGCACCAAGACGAUGACUUUCCUGGGGAUUGAUACUGCCAGGAAAGAAGCCUUCAGGCCAGAGCGAGGUGCACGAUCUGGGGUUAAGAAGGUCAUGGUGAUUGUGACUGAUGGAGAGUCACAUGACUACUAUAAUCUGAAAAAGGUCAUCGACGCUUGUGACGAUGACAACAUCGAGAGAUUUGGCAUUGCUGUUUUGGGGGACUAUGGUCGCCAGAACAAACCUGCAGCAGAGGUGCAGAAGUUCAUCAAAGAGAUCCAGAACAUCUCCAGCGAUCCUGUCCAAGACCACUUCUUCAACGUGGCUGAUGAGUUGGCUUUAUUGAGCAUUGUGGAAACACUGGGAAGCAGGAUUUUGGCCUUGGAAGCUACAGGUGGGAAUUCCACCUCCCCCAUUGAGAUGGAGAUGUCCCAAACUGGGUUUAGUGCUCACACAUCACAUGAAAGUGUGUUACUGGGAGCAGUGGGAGCUUAUGAAUGGAACGGGACAGUGGUUAUGUAUACUCCUGGAGGAGACGUGGUUCCGGGGAAAGAUGACUUUUAUGACCCGAAGAAAGAGGCCCAGAAUGAAAGACUGGCCGGGUACCUCGGCUACGAUGUUCAGUCAGCAUCCACGAGUAAGGGAGAGCUGUACAUCACAGGUGCACCGCGGUACAACCACACCGGCCGCGUGGUUGUCUACAGACUCGAUGAAAAUAACAACAUUGUCAUCUCGCAGAUACUGAAAGGAGAACAGAUUGGUUCCUACUUCGGCAGUGUCCUGCAGACUGUGGACGUGGAUAACGAUUCCUACACAGACCUGCUUUUGGUUGGAGCGCCAAUGUACAUGGGCUCAGAAAAAGAUGAGCAGGGACGGGUUUAUGUCUACAAACUCAGUAAGAAUGACAUGUUCAAACAUGAGUUUACUUUAAAGCCUAUGAAUCAGUCGUGUUGUACCCCACAAUCAGCCGGCUGCACCAAUAAGAACGAGCCGUGCGGUGCCCGGUUUGGUACAGCCAUUGCAGCAGUGACAGAUCUGAACCUUGAUGGGUAUCAUGAUGUGGCGAUUGGUGCACCAUUCGAGAAUGACCACAGAGGGGCUGUCUACAUCUAUCAUGGAGACAAAAAGUCACUGAAAGAGAAAUAUGUACAGCAUAUCCCUGCAGGUGGCGAUGGAGAAAAGAUGAAAUUCUUCGGUCAGUCCAUACAUGGAGUCAUGGAUCUAAAUGGAGAUGGAAUCACUGAUGUCACCAUAGGAGGUCUGGGAGGGGCUUCUCUGUUCUGGUCUAGAGACGUUGCACAGCUGCAUGUCAACAUGACUUUCGACCCUGCUAAAAUCAACCUGCAGCAGUCCGAGCACCAGUGUGAACAUGGCGGACGCAAAUCUGUUUGCGUGAAGACCACUGUGUGCUUUAACUACAAUGUCAAAUCCGACAAGCAGAUCGUAAAAGAGAUGGCAGACAUCCGCUAUACUAUAACUCUGGACGGGCUGCGUGCCAAAGCCAGGGCUUCAUUUAAUGGCACAGAUGAUAAAAUUGAUCGUAAGACUACAAAGACCUUCACCAUCGAACACGGAAUAAGCAGAUGCAUGGAGGAAACCUUCAUGAUGUCGACCCGGCUAGACUUCCGAGACCCUCUCAUGGUGUCUUUGGACUUUGGAAAAGUUAAUGAGGACCAAGGCCCCGUGCUGGAUGAAAGUCUUCCCAAAUCCAUCAAUAAGACAAUUCCUUUAGUGGACUGUGGAACUGAUGGGAAGUGCAUUGCUGACCUCUCCUUGAAAGCUGAGCCUAGCGUAAGAAGCAUGGUGAUCAAAGGAAAGGAAAAUAUUUAUGUGAACAUCAGCGUCAAAAACCUCAAAGACAGGGCUUAUAACACCAAAGUUAAUAUGAGCUUCACACCAAACAUCAACUUUGUGAACGUAGAGCCAGAGAAGACGUCCUCUGUGAAUCACACUAAAGUGGAUUUUGAAGUGGGAUACCCUUUCUUGGGAAACAAUGCCGAGGAAAAAUUAAAGGUGAAAUUUGAGGUGAAUCUCGAACACGUUGGAGAGGAAAUUCAAAUCAGUGUUACGGCUACAAGUGACAGUGAAGAGCUUCCCUCUACCCUGAGUGACAACAAUGUGCAGAUCUCCAUCCCUGUGAAGUAUGAAGUUGGACUCACGUUCAAAGUAGAUGUGAAGUCGCCUUUGAAUAACCACAUUGAAGUAAAACAGGAUGAAAAGUAUCCCUUAAAAUUCAGUGAGACCAGUAUGAUUGGAGAAGAGGUCAACAUCAGCUACACGGUGGAAAGGUUAGGUGAAGUGGUAACUCCGACCCUUGACCUUGAAGUGAAAUAUCCUUUUGAGUCUCCUAUGAAGAACACAUUACUCUACCUGACGCACGUCACCACCAGCUCAAAGACAAUGUGUAGCGCAGAACAUCAGAUCAAUCCUUUCAAAAUUAACCGAGAGGGUUUUAAGGUUACUAAACCAAAAAAAGAAACCCUCAGUAACUACCUGCUGCAAGAUGGCAACACAAAAUUUGAAUCAUUUAGAUGCACGAUCUCUGGAGGAAUCAAGACUGCUCAGGUCAACGUGACCUUCAGACUGUGGAAACCUACGUUUAUCGAGAGCGAGUUUUCCGGUCUAUACUUGAUGGUGAACGCCACUCUGAACAUCAAAGAGAUGGAAGGCAUAUUUCAAGUGAGCAGCAAAGACAGGACCAGAAGUAUCAAGAUCCAGGUUUCCAAAGACACUGUCAAAGGAAUUCCUUUUUGGAUCAUUAUCGUCAGCAUCCUGAUAGGACUGCUCAUCUUAGCACUUGUUAUCUUCAUUCUGUGGAAGUUGGGCUUCUUCAAGAGAAAAUCCAGGGACUACCCAAAGGAGGAACUGGCAGAAUGAGCUGUUCAGACAGCCACCAUCAGGACCUGCAAAGUGACAGACAGACAAGAAACCCCAUAAGACCCACUGACAUCAGUGCCUUGACACACUGACUGCCUGGAAAAACGCCUUUACAUUCACUAUUUCCUGCACUGGUAUUUAUCAGGUAAUGUUUGCAAAUACUUCAUAACUCUUUGCCUUUUCAAGCACUAGGCCUGAAUGAAAUGGUCUCAUAUGCAAAGACGAACACACCGACUAUGCAGAAGGAUUUGCACGUGCUAUUCAUCGGCAACAAGCAGUAACAUUAAGCAUCAAGUCACGUCAAGCACUUCAAGAAGAGGAGCCAGAGGCAGGAUCGAGGAAACCAUCAGUUCCAAGGCACCAGAUGGAAAAGUAGCAUCUAACUCUUUACAUACAGCAGAAAUCCAAAGGCUUUCAGAGCUCCUGCAGCUGCACUCCAGCUUUAGAGGCAAAAAAAAAAAAAAAGUACUCAGGUUUUUCACUAUGAGGAUUCAAAGCUGCCGAAGCUACUUUACACACACUUCUGAGACGAUAUGUGAACUUUACUUGUGUCUUUAUGGUCUGUCUGAAAGCUUACACUCUUGUGUGAAACUCUUUUGCUUGAUUAGGUUUAUGAAACACUGUAUUAAGUAUUUUAUGGCUUUUUUUUUUUUUAUUGCUGAAUUUAAACAAUAUAAAAUGGCACAUGUUUAAUGUCAGAAUGUUUUAAGGACUGUAACCUGAAUGCAACAUUUUUUUUAAAAAAAGAAAAAUUGCAGCCUGUAAUUAACCUGCCAUCACCUUGGUUACAGAGAGAUGCAGACUGCUGCGUCGUCAAAAUCCAAAAUGUUGAUUGUACUGUAAAUACAGCUGAUGCCAAAUUGUAAAGCUUAACAUGUACAGAAUUGUGUUUGGAUUUAAUUUAAUGUUUUUGUGAUCGCUGAUCAGAGAAAUAGUUUUGCUCAGGUGCUACAGAUAUCACGAACACAUUAACAAGUUACACUCAAGAAAAAUUAUAUGGCUUUUGUCACAUUUUCAGAGCUUAUGCACAUAUGUAAAUAUUGUCAUAUUUUGAUGAAAAUUGAAAGUAUAAUUUUCUCUGUAGUUAAAUAUAUAUAAAGAGGAGGGUUUGUAUCCACUGCUUUGGUUUUAUUUGAUUGAAAAUUAUAUUUCAUACCUGUUGAAUGGCUGCGUUCUGAGUGCUGAUGCUAAGAGAUCGCCACAGAACAUUUUUGAUUUCCUUUUAAUUUGUAAAAUCGGGGCCAAUAAUUAUCCAGUUUAGAAAUAUAUGUCUCACCAUUCACUAGUUUCUUCUAUGUAGUAAAGGGAUUCCCUGGUAGCUGCAGUAUGUAUGCAAAACAUUAGCACACUCUAAGCUCUCUGUCGCUUUCAAAGAACCUUAUUCAUUCUGGUUUUCUGCCUUUUUCUUUCCAAUCUUUGCACAACUGUGCAGGAUUUUAGAAAAGAUUCUAAUCUGGAUUGAGGAGAAACAUAUUCCAGCUUCUUUUGUGAUGUAAUUAUGCCAUAAGGCUGAGAGAAAUAAGCAAGAAGAAUAAGCGGAAGGUCUUUAGUAUUCUCAGCGCUAAGUCAGCUCUCACUGUUGACAUGAAGCACAUGUAUGGACAGAAUGUAUAACUAUUAGUCAUUUUGUGUGGACACAUUGGGUUCAUGCACAAGGGUGGAGUUGCCUCACUUUGUUCAGUCAGAUCUUACUUUGUGAUCACUUCUGAGAAACUGCAGGAAACCAGCUCCAGCCCAGCCUUCUACACUGCUGUGAAGUCUUCACUGUAAUGCACUGGUUUGUCAGAGUGUAUGUGUCCUCAUCAGCACCAAUAUGAACUGAAACUGAUGUAUAAAAAAAAUAAAGAUUUUUUUUUUAUAAAGAA